ACAUGCGCACUGUCCCCGCUCGGGAGAUGGGUGGCUUUCGUAUUCUGGGCCACGUCUGGGGUGGCUGGCGGCGGGGGCCAGGGGUCCUCGCAGCGUCCACGGCCGCAGGCUUUGGCACCGAAGCCCGACAUCAGCUGCGACGUCGAGGAUCCAGCGAACGGUCGGGGCCCCUGGGGGACCAGCCAUUCCCGGGGCUGCUACAGCUAGAGAACCUCAGUCGAGAGGGGCUGGUUGAUGUGCUGAGGGCAGCUGUAGUGGACCAGAAAGGACCUCUUGUGACGCUGAAUAAGCCACCGGGUCUACCAGUGACAGGAAAACCAGGGGAGCUGACGUUGUGCUCGGUGCUGCCAGAGCUGAGCCAGUCCCUGGGCCUGAGGGAUCGGGAGCUCCAGAUUGUCCAAGCAUCUGGGAAAGAGACCUCUGGGCUUGUACUCCUCUCCAGCUGCCCUCAGACAGCAAGCCGCCUCCAGAAGUUCUUCAUCCACUCACGGAGAGCCCAGAGACCCAUAGCCACCUACUGUGCUGUCACUGAUGGGAUCCCAGCUACUUCUGAGGGGAAUAUCCAAGCAGCUCUGAAACUGGAACACGUUGAUGGCGUUGAUUUAGUAAUUCCAGUGAAGUCCCCAUCCCGAAAGGACUUCCAAGAAGGUGUCAAGAAGACCUUCAGCCACUUCCACGUGGUGGCCAUGGGCUCUGGCUGUGCCCUGGUCCAGCUGCAGCCACUGACAGUGUUCCCCAGUCAGCUCCAGGUACACAUGGUACUACAGCUCUGCCCUGUGCUUGGAGAUCACACAUACUCUGCCCGUGUGGGCACUGUCCUGGGCCAGCGCUUUCUACUGCCAGCGGAGAGCACCAAGCCCCAAAGACAGGUUCUGGACGGAGCCCUCAUCAGACGCCUCCGCCUGAGCCCCGCCCAGUCUGCCCAGCUGCCCCUGCAUCUCCACCUGCACUGUCUCCAUCUUCCAGGCCUGAGGCCCAGGGAGGCCCCCAUGAAGCUUCUGGCACCCCUGCCCCCUUAUUUCUCCAGGACCCUACAGUGCCUGGGGCUCCGCCAACAAUAGUCCUCCUUCUGUUCCUUCUGUUUCCACUGGGAAGCAGUGGGGAUGGGGGAGGGGGAAGGAUGAACCUAGGAUCAGGCCUGAGGAGAAUGAGGUCGGUGCUCAGCGUGAACUAAGGCCAUGCUUUAAGAUCCUGGGCUCUGCAUUCGGACAAACUUAAGAUCAGAGCCUGGCUAGGCCACUCGCUGGACGGUUUUAGGCAAAUGACUUCACCUCUCUGGAUAUGAGUUAAUAAAAGUACCUACCUCACAGUACGGUUUUGAGGAUUUGCUGAGAAAGUAAACAUUUAUCAUGGAUCAUGCUUUCUGCUGAGUUCAA